UGUGGUCCUCUCAAAAUUGAUACCACUUUACUUCUUAUCAUACACACAUUGUGAUUCUUCUCCUUAUCCUACGCACCCUUUCUCAUCUCUACACUCAAAUUCCACACACCAAAAAAAAUUCACCAUUUUCUCAUCCUCUUUACAAACUUGAACCACCAUGUCAUCAUCAAGUGGAACAACUUGGAGCUAUGAUGAAGAAAAAGCAUUUGAGAAUGCCAUAGCCAUGCAUUGGAUUCAUGAAGAUGAAGAUUCAAAAGAGACACAAUGGGAAAACAUUGCUUCAUGUGUCCCCAACAAAACCAUGGAAGAAGUGAAACAACAUUACCAAGUAUUGGUAGAUGAUGUUAGUGCAAUUGAGGCAGGACAUGUUUCAUUUCCAAAUUAUGCUAAUGAAGAAACUUCAUCUUCAAAUAAAGAUUCUUCUUCUUCUAAGGCUACCACCACAAGUUCAGAUAAGAGAUCAAGUUGCAAUUUUGGAAGUGGAUUUUCUGGUUUGGGACAUGACUCCAAAGGAGGAUUGUCAAGGUCAUCAUCUGAACAAGAAAGGAGAAAAGGAAUUCCUUGGACUGAAGAAGAGCAUAGGCUAUUUUUACUUGGUCUAGAUAAGUUUGGAAAAGGAGAUUGGAGGAGUAUUUCAAGGAACUUUGUGAUAUCUAGGACACCAACACAAGUGGCAAGUCAUGCACAAAAGUAUUUCAUAAGGUUGAAUUCAAUGAAUAGAGAUAGAAGGAGGUCAAGUAUACAUGAUAUUACUAGUGUAAACAAUGGAGAUGUAGCUAGUAAUCAUCAUCAUCAUCAAGUACCAAUAACAGGCCAACAUAGUAGCACAAUUGCUUCAAGCACAAUGAGUUUAGGACAAUCAAUGAAGCAUAGAGUUCAGCCUCAUGGACAUAUGCCUGUUGGUGGUGGUUUAGGAAUGUAUGGAGCACCAGUUGGUCAUCCUGUUGCUGCUCCUCCUCCUCAUAUGGCAUCUGCAGUUGGAACUCCUGUUAUGCUUCCUCAUCCACCUUAUGUUGUACCUCUUGCUUAUCCAAUGGCACCUCCUACAAUGCAUCAAUAACUAAUGUUUUAAAUUGCAGUUGCGGUUAAGGUUAUGUUGAUGCAAUACUUGAUAUUACGGCUUAAUACAGGCAAGUGUGGCCGAUGCAGAUUCAAUUACUUUUGUGAUGUCGUUGCAGAGACCUUGAAAAUCUUUAUAUUGCGGCCGCAAAUGCGGUUGUAGAAUGAAAUUUAGAACCAUGCCAAUAACAAAUCCUCUUUCUUUUAUUUGUUGUUUUUAGUUUUAGUGAGGAUUUAAGGGAAAUUUCUCUUAUGUGGAAAGUUAAGUCAUAACUAUGUUAUGUUAAAUUCUGGUUUAGUUAAUUUCCUCAAAAGAAUUUGAGGAAUCCAAUAAUGGUACUAAGUAUAGAGUAUGUUUUAGUUGGUUUAGUAACUUUCCUUAUUAGGUGAUGGGUCGUGGUGUAUAUGUACAUACAUAUGAAGAUUAAAUACCAAGGAAUUGAAGCAAAUAAGCUUAUCUUUUUUACCAAGAUUGUCAUACAUGACAUCUCCCUUUUAUUUGAGA